UUCAGGUUUCAGCAAUGAAGGUUCAGACUUCGUCACCUUGCUUGCUACUCCUACUUGGCUCUCUUGCACUGGUUACACUGACACUGUGUGGCCCAGCUGCUUCUGCACGGCCUGAAACGGGCAGCCUCGAUGCAUCAGCCACGGCGGCCAUGGAGUUGCAGGAGCUCGACCGCGUGAUGUCGCUGCCCGGGCAGCCGGCCUACUCGCCGGAAUUCAGGCAAUACUCCGGCUAUGUCACCACUGACGAGUACCUUGGCAAGGCACUCUUCUACUGGUUCUUGGAGGCCACUGACAAGCCUGACGAGAAGCCACUCGUCUUGUGGCUAAAUGGAGGACCUGGAUGUUCUUCCAUUGGGUUUGGACAGGCACAGGAGCUAGGGCCAUUUCUGGUGAAGAAAGAUGUGGCUGAACUUGAGCUGAAUCCAUACGCAUGGAACCAAGUUGCCAAUUUGCUGUUCCUGGACUCUCCUGCUGGUGUUGGGUUUUCUUACACCAACACAUCCUUUGGAAAAGAUCCACCAGGAGACAAUUCCACCGCAUAUGGUUCAUACACUUUCCUGAUCAGGUGGUUCCAGAGGUUCCCUCAGCACAAAAUGAAGGAGUUCUACAUAGCUGGAGAGAGCUAUGCAGGACAUUACGUUCCCCAGCUUGCUAAUGUGAUUGUGGAUCAGAACAAGAUUGCACCUAAAGAAAAUUAUAUAAACUUGAAAGGCAUCAUGAUAGGAAAUGCUUACAUGGAUGGUGACACGGAUUUGCUAGGAAUUGUUGAUUCUGCAUGGCAUCACGCACUCAUCUCAGACAAACUUUACAGUGACUUUCAGAAGUUCUGCAACUUCAGUUUGGUUGAUCUGUCUAAAGAGUGCAACGCUGCAAUCGAUCAGUUCAACGCUCUCUACAGCAUCAUAGAUAUCUACAGCCUUUACACCCCUCGAUGCGAGCUCGGAUACCCAAACUUCAACUCGUCGUUUGCAGCACAAAUCGGACGGACCAGCAGCCGUUUUGAUUUCCUGAAGAUACCAAUGGGCUAUGAUCCAUGCUCGCAAACGUACGCGACUGAAUAUUUCAACCGUAAAGAUGUUCAGAAAGCUCUGCAUGCCAAUAUCCCUGGAGCAUACUCCCUUUGCCAUAAUUCUAUCAACCGAGCAUGGAACGACUCUGACAUGACUGUCCUUCCAAUCGUCAAGAAACUCACUCAAUCAGGGCUCCGGAUAUGGAUUUACAGCGGCGACACGGACGCAAGAAUCCCUACAACCUCAACCAGGUACACGCUGAAAAAGCUUGGCCUGCCCAUCAAAGAGGACUGGUCGCCAUGGUUCCAUCACAAGCAGGUUGGUGGGUGGAGUGUGGUGUUCGACGGACUGACAUUUGUCACGGUGAGAGGAGCCGGCCACAUGGUGCCAUCCAUCAUGCCAGAGCAAGCGCUUGAGCUGUUCAAGUACUUCCUGGCCAAUCAGAACCUCCCAUCCAAGCCAUUCUAGCCAUCAAGGAUACAUCAUACAUGCAUGUUUCUCAAUAAAAAUCGUCAAUCUGAUGAAUCAGCAUGAUUGAUGUAUUAGUGCUACUUGCAAAAAUAACGGUUGGAAUUUGCA